AUGUGCCCCCCUCCCUGCUCUGCGCGAGGCCCGGCCGGCGGGAGGCCCUGUCUGCCACCGCCGUCCGCCCACAGCCCACACCGUGCCCGGCGGCUGCCGCUGGAGGCCCGGCUGCGCCAGCUGGCGGGUAGCACCCCAGCCGGACCCCCGCGAGGCUCUCUGCCAGUGGCUGAGCGGGCCGCCCAGGCCAGGUACACCCGGGGCACAACCGCCACGUCCGCCCCGGCCCAGCCCCGGCUGCCCUUGUGGAGCCCCGCACUCCAGCAGACCCUCCCCGGCCCCCACCCUCUGACCCCAGCGGAGCCCCACACUCCAGCAGCCCCUCCUGGGCCCCUGCCCUCUGACCCCAGCAGAGCCCCACACUCCAGCAGCUCCUCCCCGGCCCCUGCCCUCCUGCUAGACUUGGCACACCCAGUCAAGGAGGCCGGCACUGGGACGUGGCCCACAGCGGAGGCCCUUAGAGCGGCCCGUGCUGCGCCACGCCAGGAGGUAGCUGAGGUCCCUGGACACACGCAGAAACGAUCCCCCAAGGGACCUGUCCCCGGGUGGCAGCGGGGAUGCGGCCCGCAGAGCGCCCCUCGGGGCCUGCCCCGCACCCCACCCCUCAACACCAAGGCCGAGCCUCGGGUUCCCUCAUGUGAAGGGGCAGUGCAGCCUCCGGGAGGGGCGGAGGAGCGUCACGAGGAACAGAGGCCUUUGUUCACAGAUCAUUACCCAGCUCAUCGGUCCACCGAGGCCCAGCACAUGGCCAGCACUCCAGCAAGGUCUCGAGGCUUCCUGAGGGUGCAGGACACCUGGAGGCAGAGGUCUGGCAGGUCACUCAGCCCAGACAGACCAGGGCAGGCAGUGCUGGUCAGCACGAGCAUGUGCUGGUCGUGCGAAGGCCCCGGGGUGAGGAGUGGAGGGGGUGGAGAGACCCGGGCAGACGCAGGACCAGUGAGUGCCCGACAGAGGCAGGGCCCACACUCACGGAGACCUCCCCGGAGCGAGGACACGGAGGUGGAGAAGGCCCCGAUGGAGCCUGGAUGGAGUCCACACCCUACAACGCACCCCAAGGAGACGGGUCGCAGGGCGGCCGACCCCGGAGCUGUCCAAAGCCGUCCCAGUGACAGGCAGCAGCAGCCAUCCAAACCCCGGAGCCCGAGCCCCGCCGCGCACCGAUGCUCCCUCCUGCCCCUGUACGAAGAGCUGUGGACGUGUGGCGAGCUGGGGCCACGGGCAGGGGGCUGGGUCCGCAGCCCCCAUCAGGGCCUCCGGGAUCCUGGCAGGACGCAGGCCUGGGAGCCAGGGGCCCCCCGGAGCCCCCCUCCGGAGCAUGCUGGGCUGCAGGCCCCGGCUGGAGGCCCGGAGCCGCAGCAGGUGCUCCGGCAGCAGGGAGCAGCCAUGGAUGGGGGUGGCAGGGCCGCCUUGUCACCACACCGCUAA